AUGAAAGUCGCGUUAACUGCGCUCAUCCUUUGCUUAUUACCAACAAAAGGCGAAACAGUGGCGAAGUAUACCUUCAUCGCUAGCCGCCCACGCUUUCCUCCCCCAAGCGGCAGAGAGCAAACCCACACAAACAUCGGAAGGAAAAAAAAAAAAAAAAAGAGCGCCAUACAUAUAAGCGGAAACGACCUGUUCGAAUACUUUGCCACGUUAACCAACGAAGAAGACGACAUGAAUGAAGAAAGAAAAAAAAAAAAUAAAAAAUAUUCCGUUACGUAUAUCCAAAAAUUACCAAAAAAAAAUCUUCUCCUAAAAAGAUGGAAAUAUGACCUGUAUGAAAAAAUUAAAGAAAAAAUGAAAAGAGACCAUGAGUUAAUGAAUACAACUAAGCUGUGUAGACGCACCUAUAAACUGCCGGUUGAUUUUUUCAAGUUAGGGGAUCAGGUGCGAGCAAAAAUUGUCCAGGUACAAAACCACCUUAUUAAGCUAGACAUAAACGCCUUUAACUUUGCACACCUCUACAUUAAACGCUACUUUGAAGACAAGACACAAUUAAGAAAAAAAUAUCAGGUCGGAAAGCACAUCGAUGUGGUCAUAUGUUAUAUCCAUAAGAAGAAUGGAAUUAUUCAGGUGACUGACAAUGAAGAAGAAAUUAAGGUUCUGCGUCGAAGCUUGCAGAAGUUGAGAGAUGCAGGCUUUUUACGCGCUCGCACUGCGGAGAUUACAAACCCGAAAGAGGAGUGUCCAGGGCAAGCGCAAAACGAAUCUGUGGGGGGAUCCUCAGAAGACCCCUCAGAAAAUCUAACAUCUAAUCAUAUCAACCUUCCAACCGCUAACAACGGUAACGAUGCUAAUGUGGCUAAUAGGGGUAAGGAUGGUAACACCGCCAAUGAUGGUAACGAUCGUAACACCACUAAUAGCGGUAACGAUGCUAACACCACUAAUAGCGAUAACGAUCGUAACACCACUAAUAGCGGUAACGAUGCUAACACCACUAAUAGCGAUAACGAUGCUAACACCACUAAUAGCGAUAACCGUGGUGACCGCCCCGAAGAGAUGAAGAAAAAACUGGGCGUGAACUUCCGAACAAAUGAGGAGGAGGAAGAUCUAAUGUACAUCAAGGAGGAAAAUCCAUCCAAGAGGAAAAAAAAAAUUACCCACUUCAAGAUAGAAGACACAGUAAGCGGAGUGGUCAAGCACAUAAACGAAGAAGGCGCCUACAUAGACAUCGGGUGCAAGACCUUGGCCUUCCUCAACUUAGGGCAUUACAAUAAGGAUCCAAAAUCCAUAUUGAAAGAGGUGAAGAAGAAAAAAAUAUCUAUAGGAGAUUACUUAAAAAAUUUAAAAGUUAGGAAAGUAGAUGUGUUGAAUAACAGAAUCGAAGUUACAGUAUACAGUCAGGAGGAUGAAGCGUGUCUGCGUGUUCUAACUCAACAGGAAACCGUGAAAGAACAGAACAAGUACAUGCCAUGCCCAUCGUAUGUCACACAAAACUAUCACAUGAUUAAUUAUUUAAAAAAAUAUAAUGAAUUGAAAAAACAAAAAAAAAAAAACGUACAUAAUUUGUUCGACAAGAAAGAACAACUAGAAAAAUUGAAGAAGGUUUCUCAUUUGAAGAAGAGCCAGUUCUCUUCCUUCAUGCUCCGUUACAAUGAACUGACCUCUCCGAAUACUAAUUACGAAGAUAUGCUAGAGCAACAUGCAGACAAUGAGCAGUUUCUAAAGGAAAUUGGUGCACUACCUAGCCCACAUGAUGAACAGGUGGACGAAAGGUUCAGUCUUGAAUCCUUGAAAAAGCGGAAUAAAGUGCUAAGGGACGAAAUUGACAGAUAUAGGGAGGAUUCCUCCAACACACAUAUGACAGAUGAAGAUGGAAAUGACCAAAGGGAAGAACCCUCAUUUGGAUCGAAAAAAAGAAUAGACCAAAAUUUGAAUAAUUUAUUUAGCAACGAUAUGCACAUCUUGGAUGAAUCCAUGGAGAAGUGCUCCACUGACAGGAACACUGAAAGCUGGGAGGAUGAAACCAUCCCCAUGGAAGACGAUUCAGAUGAUUUUUUCCGUUUCUUUCAUGAACGGGCAAACCAGAAAAUAUGUAACAAGCGGGACGACACUAUCCUAGAUGGAAACGAAGAAACGUUCAUGUACUUGAAGGACAACAUCAGCAAAAUUAAGGAGAAUGUACUAAAUGAGAGGAAAAAGAAAAGUGAUGUGAAAAAAAACAGAGGUGAAAAGGUGAGCAACACAUCCCAGGAAGACUCACGCGAGAUGCUACACCGGUGGAACCAAGUACUAACGGGCGAUUCGCAGAAUGGGGAAAACACUACACAAGAUGGGCUAGGUGCGAGCAAGUACUCUGCAGUGGGGGGAAAGCCAGAUUGGGCAAGAUACUUGGAGGAUGACAAGGACGAUGAUAACCGUGACGAUGACAACGGUGACGAUGACGAUUACCAACUUGGCGAAGACGACGAGGAAAAUUAUGGUACAGCCCAGGGACAGUAUCCCCACCGCGCCCAGGGCAAAGUCAAACCAAAAGACCUGCACUACAUAAACGAGAAAGAAAAAAAAAAAAAACUUAAAAAGAGAAAUAUCUUUCGGGAUGAUGAACAAGUGGAGGAGGAUCUGCCUAUGGGGGCGGACCGCGAUGACUACGUCGACGGUGAAAAUUUCAGUAGAAAUUUCACCCACGGAAGGGAUGACACAGACGAGGGGAUACAAAACGGUGAUGAGAAAAGUGCUGAGAACGACCAAGGAGAUGACUCCGACGACGAACGUUCCUUCUUCAACGUGAAAAAGGAACUGAAGCAUAUCAUCAGCCAAAACCUAAGCAUGAACCUCCCAAAGGAUGAAGAGAAAUGCAUAGAGGAAGCGUCCAAACUCUUUGGGGAUGACAUCAAAUCUUGGAACGAAAAAAUGUAUUACUACUUUGGGGACAGAGACCAUGUACCCCUAGAUGGCUUCGACAUUUAUGAUGAGAACGAAUUUAGAAACAACCUAGUGGAUAAGGGGGUUCAGGAGUUUAGCGAAUAUCAUAAAAUCCUCGACACGAAGCAAUUUGACGUGACGAGUGAGAGAGACUUCCUAAGCGCCACGUACAGUGCUCCAACGAAGGGGGUGCACAAUGAAAAAAUAACCGAAGAAAUAACAGAAGAAAUAACCGAAGAGGGAAAGGCAUCAGCGGAGGAAGAUAUGCACCAAACCAAAGUGAGUGAAGAAGCCCUCCUGGAGGAUGAUCUCGAAAAUUAUUUGAGCACCUUCGUGGAUGAGCAGAACAAGCAGGAUGGUCCUAUAAGUGGGCCGCCCAAACAAGCGCAUAAAGAAAUGCAUAAAGAAAUGCAGAAGGAAGUGCAGAAGGAAGUGCAGAAGGAAGUGCAUAUAAAAGCGCAUAAAGAAGCGAAUAAAGAGGUGCAGACAAAAGGGCAUACUCAAAAGUGCCUCCCCGAUUUAUACCCCCAGGAAGAAAACGUGAAAGGAGAGAAGACACGCUUGCGGAAGGGGACCGAAGAAAGAUCAACCAUCUGGGGGAAUGAUAUGCACUCGUUAGACUUCCUACAAAAAGGAAGCACGCCUCAACCCAGUGGUGAUAUGAACAUGGAAAAGAGAGACUCAAAGCAGGGGAUAAGUUCUCCUACUGAUGAAGAAAUAAAUGUGGAUGAUAUUGUGAAGAAGGCUAUAAAUAUUGGAAAUAUGUUCAGAAGGAACGAGCUGGAAAAGCUGAUGCAAAGGAGGAAGGCGCAAGAAUGCAAAAGAGAGGGCGAUACUACUAAUUCAGGUCGUGCUGAUGCAGAUGGUGGGAAGUUAUCCCAUGGAGGUGAUAAGACUUGCAACCCUGCGCAUGAAGUUGUGGAGGACUCGCCAAGUAAGCCCUUCCUAAGAGUGUGCAAAAUUGUGAGGCAGGGUGACAAGGAGGGAGUAACCCCCCUGGACGUGAAAGAAAAGGAAGAGCAAAAUAAAAAUGGAAAUAGCGACUUUGAAGAGGAUCACGACGAACUGAAGUCAUACAGGCACGCAUCCUACGAGGUGCUAGGGUACUACAAGAGGAAGAGAAAAAUGAGGAACUUCCAGGAUCUGAAAGAAAUUAACGCAGAAAAUGAUGAAGACGUGCUUUUCAAUGAUCAAGAUUUGUUGGGUAAGUCCAGUGAGGACACAACUGAGGAUGAUAAGGAUGAUUCCCACGAGGGAAGGAAGAAAAAAGAACUGUUGAAUCUGGACCGACAAAUGGAUAUGCUGUUCCUACAUGGAAAGGAGGAUAACAUAACCAGAGGAAAUUACGUGGAGAAAUUACUAGGAGAGGAAAAAUACAAAAACAAAAAUGCCAACAAGGAAAUAGACUUGCUCAUUCAGAAUUAUAAGUAUGUGAAUGAAAACCCAGAUGAGCUGAUUCAAGAUUUUUACAAAACAGUCGAAGGGGAAGGGGAGAAAAAAAAUGCUUUCGAUCCGUCAAAUGAAGGCAUCACCGAUGUAGCCAAUUCACCAAAUGGACAAGUGGAAAAACACCAAAGGGAUAUACCAGACAGUGGUAUGUACAAAACGGAAAAAGAUAAAAAACUUCUAACAAGAAAAAGCCCAUCCACGGAAAAAGCACAUACAGCAAUGUCAACUGACUUUUAUAUAAAAGAAACAAAUGGAAUGAAAGAAGAAGCGAAUCACAUGUCUGAUGAAAGCAUAGCCCUCAGAUCGUUGUCGUUAAAAUUGGGCCUCUUAAAAGAAGAGCAUAUGCACCUUGAUGACCAGACACUCAUUAACCUGUUUGUCAAGAACCGCAAAUUUAGAAGAGCCUUAAAAGCGUAUGACAUUAAAAAUGUGAAAAAUAUUUCCAUACCCCUGAUAUAUAAAAUCACCAAGCUCCUUUAUUUUGAGCGCCCCUUCCCUAGGAAGGAACAAACGCGUAAGUUGAACAUGGAUUAA